GUACGAUUGUCAUCAGUCUCUUACUGAUAGCUAACAGUAAGAAACUCAUCGUUAAGAAAACAAAACAGUUUUCUAAUGGUUCCUCUUCGUUAAAGAAGAAGAUGAUGUUGUUAACAAUAAACCCGAAAAUCACAGUCCAAAACCCGAACAAAGAAAUUUUUCAAAAUUUGAAUAUAUUCAAGACCACCCAAUCAAACUAUUAUUCCUGGAGAGGACGAAAUGUUAGACAAAUUGUUGUAACUACUAAUGCUUCUUCUCCUUCUCCUUCUUUAACAAAUGGAACUUCUGAAGACAAAGGGUAUAUUCAGAACCCUACAACUCAUUAUGUUUCUUAUGAUGAUGAAGAAAAGGGUUUGAUCACUUCAGCUUCUGCUGUUGCAGAAGCUAUUAGAAAAGCUUCAACUUCUCCAGUUGAGUUUGUACAAAGAAUUGAGAAAGAUGGAAAAAAUGCUUUGGUUCUACCAAGCACUGAUUUUCAGAGAUUAUGUGAUGAGCAACUGGAUUUGUUUCGAAGAAUCAUCGAUGCUGAUGCCGUGUUAUCAGUUUAUGCGCGACCAGCUGGUAGUUAUGUAAUGGAUCAAUUGGAACUUCGCAGAGUUGCAUAUUUUCCUAUUAGUGUAGCUGAAAGAUCAGACACUGUAAUAUUAAUUGCAAAUUUUGGUGUUUCGCCCGGUUUGCGUAUGGCUGAAGCUACUCUUUUGAAUCAACAAGCAGAAGUUAUACCAGAGUGUCAGGCAGUGGUUUUUCCUAUGGUGAAGCAUCCAUUUAUUGUGGGGUUUUUGGUUGCUGAACUUCCAAAAAUGGAGAUGGAAAUUUGUGGGAAACCAGAACAGGAUAGCCAAGAUGUACAACUUGGUCGUCCUUGCGAAGAAUCUUACAUAUUCCCUCCAUGCUCAGAAAGGAAACUGUGGGAAAUUCAGGCUUGCAAGGAGGACACAUUAGAAACGUAUCAACAGUUCACUGCUGAACAAAGAGCAAUUGCUACUCAUAUAUCUCGCUCUUUGGCUACAGCAUAUGUCAUGGAUCAGAAAGCACUGUUACUUCAAGAGUCGUCUUGGCAAAAUAAUGUCAGAAUGAGUGACCUUGUUGAGCAAAUUCGGGGUCCUCUUUCUAGCAUCAGGACUUUGAGUAAAAUGUUAUCGGUUCACAUAAAGAGAAGUGAGAUGUCUUACGAUAUUGUCGAUGACAUAUUGGUGCAAGGUGAUCGCGCGAGAGAUACUCUUGGGCAACUUCAAGAUGCUGUGUACCUCACGAAGGCUAAUAUUGUGCGUUAUAAUGAGGAGAGUUUGAAGAAAAUGCGUAACGCAGAAGAUGUCUAUCCAAUAUCAGCAAGGUCUCAAUUAUUGGAGGACAUUUCAAGCAGAUCUCGUGGUCAUAAGCCAGAGGCACUAGGUCCAGCCGUCCCUCUAAGUUCUGCAGGAAACGAUUUGGCGAUGCCGAUGCCUCCACUUACUCUGGCAGCGCUACCAAAUUACAGUAUCAGACCGUGCAAUGUUUCUCAUUUACUGGUUGAUUUGGUUGACGCUGCUGGACCGCUAGCUCAUAAGCAGAAACGGACAUUGGAACUGACUGCACUUUCAUUAUCUUUACAAGUUGCGGUAGAAGAAUCUGCGUUGCGUCAGGCACUGAGCAACUUAGUUGAGGGUGCACUGUUACGAACGCAUGUUGGGGGCAAGGUAGAGAUUGUGUCAACUGGAGCUCCAGCUGGUGGCGCUCUUGUCUUAAUUGAUGAUGAUGGGCCUGAUAUGCACUACAUGACACAGAUGCAUUCCCUUACUCCGUUUGGAUCAGAUCUCUACUCGGAAGGCAUGGUUGAAGACAAUAUGACGUGGAAUUUUGUUGCUGGACUAACAGUCGCCCGGGAGAUCCUUGAGAGUUAUGGUUGUGUUGUUCGUGUCAUAUCUCCCCGUCUCCAAGAUGCCUCCUUUGGAGCAGGCGGAACUCGGGUAGAGCUCUGGCUUCCAUCCCUUCCUGCAGCAUCUGAUCCAACCGAUUCAUCCCUUGCAUGAAGUGUGAAUAUCGAAAGAUGAGGAUAACAUGGAUCGUCAGAUUGCAACAGAAACAGAAUGUGGUGGUACGAAUUUAAUGAGGUCUCUAAUCUGUAUUUAGUGCAAUGUAAAAUUGAGUAUACAUAUUAGUUCCCUUUGGGUAUUGCUAUAUGAUCAUGCUCUUCAGAGUUCUGUACAUAGUUUUAGUCAGAAUGUUCUACUGUAGUUAUUAAUAGUUCCGCUCCUAGUACUGUAGUAUAACCUUCUGUCUCCUCCUUGAGAAUAGGUGGUCAUAAUGAGAUGACUAUUUUUUAUUU